AUGCGGCUGACCUCUUCUACUCUGCUCUCUGGCCUUGCUGCCUUUGGGCUGUUUGGAUCCUUUGUAGCCGCCGCCGAUGAGGAUUCAAAGGCUCCGAAAGAGACUUACUUCGACUCUCUUCCGGUACCCCCCCUUGUGGAACUGACUCCCAAAAACUUUGAAGAGGUGGCGAACCAAACAAAAUGGCUACUUGUGAAGCAUUAUAGGUAUAACACCACCGCCUCCCCUCCUUCGCGCAUCGCUGCCAUCUACCAGUUGGAGUUGCUUGCUAACCUGCUCCAGCCCCUUUUGCCACCACUGCCUGGCCCAGAAGAGGCUGGCGAGAAGGACUUCACCAAGUUCUACGACUUCAAAUUCGCCUCCAUCAACUGCAUUGCUUUUAGCGACCUUUGUGUUCAGCAUGGCAUCAAAUUAUACCCCACCACAACCCUCUAUGAAGAGGGCAAAGAGGCCCGAAGCGAGACGGGUGGCUUGAACAUCACCUUCCUCUCUAGCAUUAUCGAAGAAUCCUUGGAAAAGUCGAAGCCUGGCAGCCGACCGAAAACUCUUGAUCUGCCUAAAGCAGGGGAAAACAAGCGCCCUGCGGUCGAUCCGAAACGAGCGACAGAGGUUGAGACCGGCAAGGCACCCAAGAAGCCUGUUGCUACAGCAAAUGAAGAGGGAACGUCGGUAGCCUUGACGGCUGAGAAUUUCCAGCGUCUGGUGACAAUGACCCAAGAUCCCUGGUUCAUCAAGUUUUAUGCUCCUUGGUGCCCUCACUGUCAAGAUAUGGCGCCUACCUGGGAACAGCUGGCCAAGACCAUGAAGGGCAAGCUGAACAUUGGAGAAGUCAACUGUGACAAGGAGUCGCGUCUGUGCAAGGAUGUCGGUGCUCGGGCCUACCCCACGAUUCUCUUUUUCAAGGGUGGUGAGCGUUCCGAGUAUGAGGGGCUUCGAGGCCUGGGUGACUUCAUUCAGUAUGCUGAAAAGGCCGUCGAUCUCGCCAGCGGUGUUCCUGAUGUCGACCUUGCGUCUUUCAAAGCUUUGGAGCAGAAAGAGGAUGUCAUCUUCGUCUACUUUUAUGAUCAUGCCACCACCUCCGAGGACUUCCAAGCCAUUGAGAGGCUGCCCCUCAGCCUUAUCGGGCAUGCCAAACUUGUCAAGACCAAGGAUCCCGCCAUGUAUGAUCGCUUCAAGAUCACCACCUGGCCGCGGUUUAUGGUGUCGAGAGAAGGCCGCCCCACCUACUUCCCCCCUCUCACACCCAACGCUAUGAGAGACACGAACCAAGUGUUGGAUUGGAUGAGAUCGGUCUGGCUUCCUCUUGUCCCUGAACUAUUGGUGACAAACGCGCGCCAGAUUAUGGAUCACAAGAUUGUUGUGCUGGGCGUCUUGAACCGAGACGACCAAGAAUCUUUCCAGGGUGCCCUCCGAGAGAUGAAGAGUGCAGCAAACGAGUGGAUGGACAGACAGAUCCAGGAAUUCCAGCUGGAGAGGAAGAAGCUCCGGGAUGCCAAGCAAAUGAGAAUUGAAGAAGCUGAAGACCGAGACGACCAGCGCGCCCUGCGAGCUGCCAAGGCCAUCCAUGUUGAUAUGAACAACUCUGGACGGAGGGAGAUUGCCUUUGCCUGGGUCGACGGUGUUUCCUGGCAGCGCUGGAUUCGCACCACCUAUGGCAUUGACGUCAAAGAUGGAGAAAGAAUCAUUAUUAAUGACCAAGAUAAUCGAAAGUACUGGGACAACACCGUGACCGGCAACUACAUUCUUGUCAGCCGCACAUCCAUCCUCGAGACCCUCGACAAGGUCGUUUACACCCCACAGGCUCUGAAGCCCAAGCUUACCAUUUCUCCAUUUGAAAAGGUGUUCUUUGAUAUCCGCCUCUCUUUCACUGAUCACCCCUACCUGUCGCUUGGUUGCGUCGUUGGCAUUGCCUUUGGCGUCUUCUCCUGGCUGCGUGGCCGCUCACGUCGUGGCCGUGGCCACUUCCGGCUGGAAGAUUCUAUCAGCAUCAAGGACUUCAAAGAGGGGUUCCUUGGUAGUUCUAACGGCAACACCAAGGCUGACUGA